CAUCACUGCCGUCGACGGCCGCUGGGGGGCGCUCAAGGAGCAGCCCGCGCUAUUGACGUCAUCAGAGGCGGUCUGGCGGAGUCUCAUUAGUCACCCGGCGUCACUUGGCGUCAUUGAUCAGUCCGGAAGCGUCCACACGUGUUCUCUUAACUAGGCUCUGGGACCCCUGGUCCCGCUGUCACCCUCCAUGGGUCGCUCCCGCCGGACCGGCGCUCACCGAGCGCACUCCCUGGCCCGCCAGAUGAAGGCGAAGCGGCGGCGGCCGGACCUAGAUGAGAUUCACCGCGAGCUGCGGCCCCAGGUUGCCGCACGGCCCCGUCCAGAACCGAGCGCCGAGCCCGACCCUGACCUGCCAGGGGGCGGCCUGCAUCGCUGUCUGGCCUGCGCGAGGUACUUCAUCGAUUCUGCCAACCUGAAGACUCACUUCCGAUCCAAAGACCACAAGAAGAGACUGAAGCAGCUGAGCGUGGAGCCCUACAGUCAAGAAGAGGCGGAGAGGGCGGCGGGUAUGGGUUCCUAUGUGCCUCCCCAGUGGCUGGCAGUGCCCACAGAAGUAUCCACUGAAGUCUCUGAGAUGGACACGUCUACCUGACAUGGCCUGAGGAUGCAAGGCAGAGGAGCUGCCCAUGGACAAUGAUGCAAGGGCCAGGCUGGGAGAGACUGUGCCAGUCUCUCUUGGCCCUGGGUCUGGGAUUUGGAUGGCCUCUUCUGGGUGCCCUCCCUCCCAAUAAAAGAACUGGAUCAAGAA